AUGGAGCAGCGUAUGAGAGACAAAUGUCUGAAAACUGAACGAACAUGGAUUCUCUACACCCUCCUCCUUCGACCCCGAAUCAAACGGACCCAUUUUCUCUUCUGCCGGCAAUGGACCUCUUCUGCCGGCAAUGGACCUCUUCUGCCUGAUCCUCUUCAUAUGCGCGCUGCGUUUCACGAGUGGCGUCGCCAGAAUGCCAUUUAUCUUGAAGACAAGGAAAAGGAGGAGAAGGAACGGAGGAAUCAAGUAAUUGCAGAAGCUGAUGAAUUUAAACGAGCGUUCACAGACAAACGGAAAAAGAACAUAAAAAACAACACGGCUCUCAACAUAGAACGCGAGAAGUUGUACUUGAAGAAUCAAGAGAAGUUUCACAAGGAAGCAGAUAAACAGUAUUGGAAAGUAAUUGCAGAGCUGAUAUCACGUGAGGUCGCCAACAUCGAUAAGAGGAGAGCAAAGAAGGAGAAAGAAGAAGAAGAAGAAAAGAAACCCGGGAUUGUUGUCAUUCAGGGUCCAAAACCCGGGAAACCUACCGAUCUCUCAAGAAUGAGACAACUUUGUAUGAAACUGAAGCAAAAUCCUCCCCCACACAUGAUACCACCAGAAACAGACACAAAAGAUCAAUCUUCCAAGCUGAAUCCAGAAGAAGCUAAACCAAAUGCAUAA